AUGGUCUACCCCGUCGGCUUAUCCGAAAAGGCUGCCGGCGAGCACACUUCUGUAAGAACGCCUUCAGAGAGCCAUGACGACGCAGAGGCAGCCCACGACCAUGUCAUCGAUCCGAAGGCCGAGGCCAAACUAACUCGAAAGGUGGACCUACGGGUAAUGCCAAUGGUGUUCGUCUUGUACUUCUUCACAUUCCUGGACCGGACGAACUUGGGAAACGCAAAGGUGGCGGGCAUGGAGGCAGACUUAGGGCUGGGGAAAUAUGGCUUCAACAUUGGCGCGUGCCUGUACUUUGGCAUCUACUUUUUCGUCGAUAUUCCCGCGUCUUUGAGCGUCAAGAAGUACGGGAACAUCGUGCUGCCGCUGAGCUGCAUCUCGUUCGGCAUCGUCACCCUCUGCACGGCUUUUAUCAAGAACGAGGCAAGUUUCUUCGCGAUGCGGCUGCUCCUUGGCAUCACAGAGUCGUUCCAGCUCCCUGGGCUCAACUACGUGGUAUCGCGGUAUUACCGUCGCGGCGAAGUGACAACAAGGAUCUCUUUCUUCAUGCUCUGCGCUGCUGGUCUCUCUAGCGCCUUUGGAGGUCUCCUGGCAUCUGGCUUGUUGUCUCUUGGGAGCAUCGGGGACGUUCAUUCGUGGAGGAAUAUCUUCUUGGUUGAAGGUAUCAUCACGAUCGGUACAGGUUUCAUAGCGUUGUAUCUCUUCCCUGACGACCCGUCCAAAACACGAAUUUUCAACGAGGAAGAGCGUGCCCUUGCCAUGGCCCGCAUCUUCCACGACCAACCGGGCAUCCGAGAGCACAAGGAGCGCAUCACCUGGAAGUUGGUCAAGAGCGGCGUUCUCUACGUCAACGUCCUCGUCGGUGCCUGGAUGUACACCUGUAACCAGGUCACCGUACAAGGUCUCUCCAUCUUCACGGUCACUAUCCUAAGGCUCAACUACCCUGGAAAAUCCACUGUCGCCAUUCAGCUUCUGUCAGUGCCGCCGCCGAUCGUAGGCUUGGUCUUCGGCUUCUCCCUGGCGUACGUUAGCAUGAAGACGCGCAGGCACGGUAUCGGCAUUGCCGGGUGCGCGGUGAUGAACGUCAUCGGGUACUCGAUAUGGCUCGUCUCGACCAAUGUACAAGCGCGCUAUGCCGCCAUCUUCAUCAACACAGCCGGUGGUUAUGGCACCGGGGUGUUGGUCAUGAGCUGGACGCUGGCCAACGCCGCACCGGAUACCGUGCGCAACGUUGCGAGCGCCGCUGUAUCUGCGAUUGCUAAUAUCGGUUCCAUCGCCGCUACAUGGAGUUACAUCAACACCGAUGCCAAGACUGGAUAUCGUAUCGGAAACAGCCUGAACACAGCUACGGCGGCAUCGGUAAUUAUUGCAUCUCUCGGUUUAGUUGCCUAUCAAACAUGGGAGAACAAAAAGCGCGAACAAGGGGGCCGUGACUAUAGGCUGCAGGCGCCUGAGGAUGAGGUUGCAAAUCUUGGGCAUCGUCAUCCCAAGUUCAGGUACAUACACUAG